AUGGUGUGGAAUGCGGCUCUGUUGCUCAGCUUGGUCCUGGGGACUGCUGCCCUUCCCCUGGACGACCCUGAGGACGGCGGCAAGCACUGGGUGGUGAUUGUCGCCGGCUCCAAUGGCUGGUACAACUAUCGGCACCAGGCGGACGCGUGCCACGCCUACCAGAUCGUUCACCGCAAUGGGAUCCCGGACGAGCAGAUCAUUGUCAUGAUGUAUGAUGACAUCGCCAACGAUAAAGACAACCCCACCCCAGGGGUGGUGAUCAACAGACCCAACGGCACUGACGUGUACCAGGGCGUCCCGAAGGACUACACCGGCGAGGAUGUCACCCCCCAAAACUUCCUUGCUGUGCUGAGAGGAGACGCAGACGCCGUGAAGGGCAAAGGUUCUGGAAAAGUCUUGAAGAGUGGCCCCCGUGACCACGUGUUCGUGUACUUCACAGAUCACGGUGCUCCAGGAAUACUGGCUUUCCCCAAUGAUGAUCUUCACGUGAAGGACCUGAAUGCAACCAUCCGUCACAUGUACAAGCACAAGAUGUACCAAAAGGUCUGGGUGGGGCCUGAGAGGUUUUUUCCUAACAAGUGUCAGGUGAUGCUGACUCUGCUGGUCUGGGGACCACAGCAGCAGGCAUUCUGGGUAAUUGGAGAGGAAAAUGCGGUCACCUGGUGCACCUUGCCCCUGGCCCUGGCCACAGCCUAUGAGAGCCAGGUAGCACUCACACGGCAUGCGCCCCUGGCAUUCCAGAGGCAGAAGUGGAAGACUGGAGGGGAGGAUGGUGGAGAGGUUUAUGCCACGACCGCCGCCAACCCCGAUGAGUCCUCCUACGCCUGCUACUAUGACGACGAGAGGGGCACGUACCUGGGGGACUGGUACAGCGUCAACUGGAUGGAGGACUCGGAUGUGGAGGACUUGACGAAGGAGACACUCCACAAGCAGUACCAGCUGGUCAAGUCUCACACCAACACCAGCCACGUCAUGCAGUACGGAAACAGAUCCAUUGCAUCCAUGAAGCUCAUGCAGUUUCAAGGCACCAAGCACAAAGCCAGCGUGCCCAUCUCUCUGCCCCCCGUCAAGCGCCUCGACCUCAUCCCCAGCCCUGAGGUGCCCCUGGCGAUCAUGAAGAGGAAGCUGAUGGCCACCAACAACCUGCAGGAGUACAGGAACCUUCUCAACAAGAUCAACAGGCAUCUGGAGGCUAGGCACGUCAUAGAGAAGUCCAUGCAGAAGAUCGUGUCCCUGCUGGCCUCGUCCGAGGCUGAGAUGGAGCAGCUCCUGUCCCAGCGAGCCGAGCUCCUGCAGUACACCUGCUACCAGGAAGCCGCCGUCUACUUCCGCACGCACUGCUUCAACUGGCACUCCUCCACGUAUGAAUAUGCCUUGAGACAUCUGUACGUGCUGGUCAACCUCUGUGAAAAACCUUACCCCGUUGACAGGAUAAAGCUGGCCAUGGACAAAGUCUGCCUAGGCUACUAUUGA